AAUCAAGAACUCGACCGUUAUAUGAAAACAGAGUUCACUUCCAUCUCUCUCUCUCGAUCCCAAUCUCCAUUUCCACGCUUCUCUUCUCUUCGAUCCUUCGAAGACGAUGACCAGCGCCGCCAUGGCAGACCUCCAGCACCACCAUCCUCUCCACCAGAUCGCCCAGAGCCCCACCCACAAGCUUCUCCUCAAACAAUGGAUCAAAGAGGAGGACCUCAUCCUCCGCCGCGUUGCCCUCAAGGAGUCCCGAAUCGAUUCCAUUCGUCGCGAGAUCGCUGCCCUCUACUGCUCCUUCUUCGCCCUCCACUCCACCCUCAUCCUCAUCCUCCUCUCCUCCGCUGGCCCCUCCUCUUGCCGCCGCUCCUGGAUCCCCCUCCUCUGCUCUCUCCUCUGCUCGAUCGCGAUCGCCUGGGCUAUCCGCUAUAAGACCGAUGCGGAGCGCCACGCUGAGCGGCUUCUCGAAAGGGAUCGCGAGGAUGGGAUGCUGCUCGCGCGGUGUGUGGCCGAGUUGAAGAAGAAGGGUGUAGGGUUUGAUCUGAUGAAAGAGGUGGACGCGCUUCGGCGUGCCAAGAGCUUGCGUGUUGAGAGGGAGGCCACGGUUGUGCGGCGGUUCUCGGCGAGGGAUUGCGCUUCCCUCUUCUUGUUCGCCGCUUCUUGCGCCGUUCUUGGGCUCACAAGGUUCGUUUUGUGCAACUAGGGUUUCAUGUCCUUUUCCUUUUCCUUUGCCUUCAUCUGUGCAGAUCCAUCUCCUCUGCCUUCUUUUUGUUCAAUAAGAUAGACUGAUUUCCUUAAUUUCAUUUCUAGAAAUUUUCUUUUUUGAUGAGCUUUCGAAUCUCUGAAGGCUCUUUUCUCUGAUGGUAUUUGUAUGGAUUGGUAGUGAAAAGGGAGCACAAAUGCUGUGAAUUAUCAUAUUGA